CGGGCUAACCAAAUAUGGCAUGGUUCAAUUCCCUUGCUGUAGAGUUAGGUUUUCCCCUCAUCCUCCUCUGGAUUAUAUACAGAUUUGUCACAAAGAGGAAGAGCCAGACCAACAAGGGGAAGUUGGGAUUACCACCAGGGCCACGGCCAUGGCCACUGAUAGGCAAUCUCCAUCUUUUGGGAAGCCUUCCUCACAAAUCCCUAGCCGACCUUGCAAAAAAGUACGGGCCCAUCAUGUCUCUCCGCCUGGGCUCGGUACCCACGAUUGUGGCCUCUUCCCCUGCCAUGGCCAAAGAAUUCCUUAAAACCCACGAUCUGAUCUUCGCAAAUAGGCCACCUUCAGCGGCGGCCCAUUACAUGGCCUACCAGCGCAGAAACAUGGUGUUUGCCCCCUACGGAGAGUACUGGCGGCAGAUCAGAAAGCUCUGCACAAUUGAAUUGCUGACGACCAAGAGAACGGAGUCAUUCAGGUGGGUGAGGGAGGAAGAGGUGUCUGCCAUGGUGCGAUCUGUGUGGGAGAAGAGCAACAAGGGCAUGCGCUGCAGCGAACUGCGGAAGCCCAUCUCCUCCCUCACACUCAACAUUAUCUGCAGAAUGUUUGCAGGCAGAACUUUCUCCGACCAUGAACUGGGCGGUGGAGAGUGGUUUUUAAAGAUGAUGGAUGAGAUUAUGCAUCUCGGAGGAGUAUUUGUUCUCGGAGACUACAUUCCCUCUCUUGCCUUUCUCGAUUUGGGAGGCUUCUGCCGCCGUAUGCAGGCUGCUCAUAGAAUAUACGAUGAAUUUGCUGACAAGCUCAUCGAUGAGCACGUUGAACGGAGAAGAGCGAAAAAGUCAGAGUCUCUGGACAUUGUGGACGUGUUGCUCGACAUGGCUGAGAGCGAGAAUUCUGCGAUAGAAGUCUCUCGCGUUCAAAUGAAAGCAAUCAUCUGGGACAUGUUAAGCGGUGGAGUAGAGACAUCUGCGGCAACUGUAGAAUGGGCAAUGACUGAGCUGCUGAGAAACCCUCAAGUGAUGACAAAGGCGCAGCAAGAGAUUGACUUACAGGUUGGGAGAGAUCGCAUCGUAAGGGAAAGUGAUAUUGUUAAUUUAGAGUACUUGCGAUGUGUGGUGAAUGAAACAUUUCGAUUACAUCCACCAGGCCCCUUGCUCGUGCCACACGAGUCCACUGAGGGCUGCACUGUGGGAGGAUAUUACAUUCCACCAAAAACAAGGCUGUAUGUGAACAUUUGGGCAAUCGGAAGGGAUGCAAGUGUUUGGGAAGAUGCUUUAGAAUUCAAGCCCGAGAGAUUUAUUGGUUCAAGCAUAGACGUGAAAGGCCAUCACUUUGAAUUGCUGACUUUCGGAGCAGGAAGGAGAGGAUGCCCUGGGAUUUCCAUGGGCCUUGCUAAUGUUUACUUGGUUCUGGCUCAGCUCAUACACUGCUUUGAUUGGAGUGCAGACGGCAAUUUGGAUAGGGAUGAAGAGUUCGGAUUGACCUUACCAAGAAAGAGGCCUCUCUCUGCUCUUCCCUCCUGGAGGCUCACCACCGAUGAGCCACUAUAACUUUGGAUACACCUGGGAAACAAGCUACUAAUAUAGACAUAUAAACCAUCCUACUACCUUUGUAAUUGCACCUUUAUGUGGAAAGGAUAAAUGAUCGUGGUAUCAUUGUAAUUGUUCUUUACCCAAAAAGGUUAGCUAUUAAUAUUCUCUUACUGUGACUUUUUUUUUUAUGUAAACAGCACCAUAGUAAUUGCUGGAAGUUUCACUAUUGAUAUAAACAUAAAUACCAUCCUAUUACUUUUGUAAUUGCACCUUUAUGUGGAAAGGCUGCUAAUAUAAAUAUAUAAUCAUUGUAAUUGUUCU